UUCUUGGUUUGUAUAUAUUCGGGAAGAAUUUUGAGCACAUAAAACGAUUAAUUGAGAACAAGGACAUGGGUGACAUAUUGUCAUUUUAUCAUGGGGCAUUUUAUAGGUCUGAUGGAUAUCGUAAGUGGUCAGACAGACAAAAGAAAAGUCGUCGAAAAAAUAUAUAUGGAUGGAAAAUAUUUACUGGCUGGAGGCAACAGGAAUUGCUAUCUCGUUUGCUUGCUCAUGUCCCGGAUGAAUUACAAAAUAAUUUGCUGGAGGUAUCUAAGUCAUUUUUAGAGGGGAAAACUUCACUCAAAAUUUAUGUCUACCAUCUGAAGACUAGUGUUGGCUUAUCUGCACUUGUAGAAGCAGUAGGUAUUGGUAAGGGGAAAGCAGACCUUACAGGCCUGGCCAUGGAGCCUCCGAGGCUGACUCAAGUUUCCCCCGAAAUACCAUCUGGGAAGGCUUCCUCAUCUCUUACAUCUAGUGACAUCAUCAGACUUUUAACUGGAGGCUUUCGGUUGAGCAAAGCUCGUUGCAACAAUAUUUUCUGGGAAGCUGUUUGGCCACGUUUGCUUGCACGAGGGUGGCAUUCUGAGCAGCCUAAGAAUCGCUGUUCUGUCAGUUCCAAACAUUAUCUACUUUUUCUUAUGCCGGGAGUGAAGAAGUUUUUGAGAAGGAAACUUGUUAAAGGAAAUCGUUACUUCGAUUCUGUUAGCGAUGUUUUGAGCAAAGUUGCAUCUGAACCAACACUUAUUGAGCUUGACUCUGAAGGAAAUUUUACCAGGAGCUGCAAUGAAGGAAAUGGGUGCAUUCUCGGGGAGUCAUCGGAUCAAAGAUGAUCCUGCCUGUAAUAUGCCUAACUGUCUCAAGCCCUGAGUCUCUAUUUACAGUUCUAACCUUAUGAAGUUCACGGUUGUUGAUUCCAGUUUGAUCCAUGGAGGAAAAGCAUCCAAGAUGAGAGAACUAAGAUUUUCACCAAUUGAUUUGAUGUUUACUUCGAAAUCAAUUCACAAGGAUGCUCAAGAUUCACCGCCGGUAAAUGUUAAUCAUAUGCUGUCAAAAGGUGAUAAAUGUGUUACAAAUGCUCGCCAUCGUGAGGGUAUAGUGGCUAGCUCUACUGCACAGCACAUAAAAUUUACCACCGUUGAUACCAGUUUGCUCCAUGGAGCAAAACCAUCCCGGGUCAGAGAACUCAGAUAUUUACCGUUUAAGGUUGAAAUUUCUUCCGAAACUAAUAGUUUUUCAGGAGGAAAUGAUGAUAAUUUAAGUGAUGGCUCUUCUGAUGAGCAUGAGCGAAAAACCGCAGAUAGACUAUCUAAUCAUGGUCCAGUUGCCACUGAUACAAAACCUAUUAGUGAGCCAGUUGCUGCUGAUAGUUUCAUGAAAGGUGAAGGUAAAUAUGAAAAUGACAUUUCAAAUCAAGAUAUGAAGAACUCGUGUACCGCAGACCAGAAUUUGUUGAUUCACCAAGACAAGAAGACCGAUACAUCAGAAGAUGCCAGGUCAAAGAGGAUAAUAAAGAACCAUUUCAGUCGAAGAGCUAAAUCAAGUCCUUCUGUUAGCUUGGUUACCCC